GUUCCCAGCAGACACCGCGCCGCGGCUGCGCAGUACCAGGGAGGCUUUUAAUUCCAUUGUGGAGAGGACGGCGUUAUUUUUAUUAACUGGAGGCGACGGCGGCUGCGGCGGCGGCGGAACCCCCAGGCCUCCUCCGGGGUAUGAAAAUCGGCAGCGGCUUCCUGAGCGGCGGCGGUCCAGGCAGUAGCGGUGGUAGCGGCUCCGGUGGCGGCUCCGGCGGCGGCAGGAGAGCAGAGAUGGAGCCCACCUUUCCCCAGGGUAUGGUUAUGUUCAACCACCGGCUUCCCCCGGUCACCAGCUUCACCCGGCCGGCGGGGACGGCCGCCCCUCCCCCGCAGUGCGUGUUAUCCUCCUCUACCUCCGCAGCCCCAGCCGCUGAGCCCCCCCCUCCGCCAGCCCCGGACAUGACUUUCAAGAAGGAGCCGGCGGCGUCAGCCGCGGCCUUCCCUUCGCAGAGGACCUCCUGGGGAUUCUUGCAGUCCUUGGUGAGCAUCAAACAGGAGAAACCCGCGGAUCCCGAGGAGCAACAGACCCACCACCACCAUCACCACCACCACUAUGGGGGGCUGUUUGCUGGGGCUGAAGAGAGAUCUCCAGGCCUAGGAGGCGGGGAAGGGGGGAGCCACGGCGUCAUCCAAGACCUCAGUAUUCUCCACCAGCAUGUCCAGCAGCAACCAGCCCAGCACCAUCGUGACGUAUUACUGAGCAGCAGUAGCAGGACUGAUGACCAUGGCAAUGAGGAGCCAAAGCAGGACACUAAUGUCAAAAAGGCAAAGAGGCCAAAGCCAGAAUCUCAGGGAAUCAAAGCCAAGAGGAAGCCAAGUGCAUCUUCCAAACCUUCUUUGGUUGCAGAUGGAGAAGGUGCCGUCCUCUCCCCAAGUCAGAAACCUCAUAUCUGUGAUCACUGUAGUGCUGCUUUCCGAAGCUCCUAUCACCUGCGGAGACAUGUCCUCAUUCACACCGGAGAGAGACCCUUCCAGUGCAGCCAGUGUAGUAUGGGUUUCAUUCAGAAAUACCUACUGCAGAGACAUGAGAAAAUUCACAGUAGAGAGAAACCCUUUGGGUGUGAUCAGUGCAGCAUGAAGUUUAUUCAGAAGUACCAUAUGGAGAGACACAAGAGGACACAUAGUGGAGAAAAGCCAUAUAAGUGUGACACUUGCCAACAGUAUUUUUCAAGGACUGACAGAUUGUUGAAGCACAGGCGCACAUGUGGUGAAGCCAUAGCAAAAGGAGCUGCUAGUGCAGAACCUGGGUCAUCAAACCAUAACAAUAUGGGUAAUCUGGCUGUGUUGUCUCAGGGAAAUACAAGCUCUUCAAGGAGAAAGUCGAAGUCAAAAAGCAUAGCUAUUGAAAAUAAGGAACAUAAGACUGGCAAAACAAAUGAAUCACAAAUUUCAAAUAAUAUAAACAUGCAGAGUUACUCAGUAGAAAUGCCAACUGUGUCUACCAGUGGAGGCAUAAUUGGCACUGGUCUGGAUGAACUACAGAAAAGGGUGCCAAAAUUGAUCUUUAAGAAAGGCAGCAGGAAGAAUACAGAUAAAAGCUACCUUAAUUUUGUCUCACCAUUACCAGACAUAGUUGGGCAGAAAUCCUUGUCUGGUAAACCAAGUGGCUCACUUGGCAUAGUAUCAAAUAAUAGUGUGGAGACCAUUAGUCUUCUCCAAAGUACGAGUGGCAAACAAGGUCAAAUAAGUAGUAAUUACGAUGACGCCAUGCAGUUUUCAAAGAAGAGAAGAUACUUACCAACUGCCAGCAGCAACAGUGCCUUUUCUAUAAAUGUAGGACACAUGGUCUCCCAGCAGUCUGUCAUUCAGUCUGCAGGUGUCAGUGUUUUGGACAAUGAGGCACCAUUGUCACUCAUUGACUCCUCAGCACUAAGUACUGAAAUUAAGUCUUGUCAUGACAAGUCUGGAAUUCCUGAUGAGGUUUUGCAGAGUAUUUUGGAUCAGUACUCCAGCAAAUCAGAAACGCAGAAAGAGGAUCCUUUUAAUUUAACAGAACCACGGGUGGAUUUACACACCUCAGGAGAACACUCAGAAUUGGUUCAAGAAGAAAAUUUGAGCCCGGGCACCCAAACACCUUCAAGUGAUAAAACAAGCAUGUUGCAAGAAUACUCCAAAUACCUCCAACAGGCUUUUGAAAAAUCCACUAAUGCAGGUUUUACUCUUGGACACGGUUUCCAAUUUGUCAGUUUGUCUUCACCUCUCCACAACCACACUUUAUUUCCAGAAAAACAAAUAUACACUACAUCUCCUUUGGAGUGUGGUUUUGGCCAAUCUGUUACCUCAGUGUUGCCGUCUUCAUUGCCAAAGCCUCCUUUUGGGAUGUUGUUUGGAUCUCAACCAGGUCUUUAUUUAUCUGCUUUGGAUGCUACACAUCAGCAGUUGACACCUUCCCAGGAGCUGGAUGACCUGAUAGAUUCUCAGAAGAACUUAGAGACAUCAUCAGCCUUCCAGUCCUCAUCUCAGAAACUGACUAGCCAGAAGGAACAACAGAAAAACUUAGAGUCCUCAACAAGCUUUCAGAUUCCAUCUCAGGAGUUAGCUAGCCAGAUAGAUCCUCAGAAAGACAUAGAGCCUAGAACAACGUACCAGAUUGAGAACUUUGCACAAGCAUUUGGUUCUCAGUUUAAGUCGGGCAGCAGGGUGCCAAUGACCUUUAUCACUAACUCUAAUGGAGAAGUGGACCAUAGAGUCAGGACUUCAGUGUCAGAUUUCUCAGGGUAUACAAAUAUGAUGUCUGAUGUAAGUGAGCCAUGUAGUACAAGAGUAAAGACACCCACCAGCCAGAGUUACAGGUAAGGUCUCAAGAGUGACCAGGCUGGGGGUCUUCUAACCUAAUUUUGUUUUAUUUUGAGAACACUGCCAUUGGAAUGUUUCUACACGAUCCUAUUAAGAAUAAUGUAAUGCCCUUUCAAUGCAACUUUUCAUAUUUAGUUAGCGUGAUUUUAGCUCUGUUUGUAUUAUGAUUUUUAAUCAAAAUCAAUAGAUUAAAAAUAGUUUGACAUUCAAAGUGACAAUGUUUAGCAAUCAAAUUUACAUGUAUAGAUUAUCAGGGAAUAGCCCAAAAGUUUUAAAUGCAAAAAAAAAAAAAAAAACCAUAAAACAAAAACUACAGAAAAAAAAAAUGAAAAGAAAAAAGAAAAAAAAUGAACUUUGUUGCUAGGAUUAGGGUCAUUCUAAUUGCUUUACUCUCAGGAAAGUGUAAGAACGCAUGGAGUUCCAUACGCUAUCACCAGUCAUGGAACAUCCAAUUUACAGAUAGUGUGACGACAUUUCAUCAUUUAAGUAACGGAUCUUAGACAUUUCAAAUGCUAUCUCCAUCUAGGCUGAUCCAAAAUUCUGAGAUUGUUGGCUACCUAUAUUUUGUUGCAGCUUUUAAACAUACUCCGAACUUCCAAACCACAUUCAUUCCAGCUUGGUAGAACAAAUAUUCUUGGAUCUUUGAUCAAAGCCUGGAAUGAUAGCUUUAAUAAAAGAGGAGGAAAAGAAAAAGCACCCUCUUUUCCCAACUAUAACAAGGCUGUAAUUCCAUUAAGUGAGUCUAUUGAUGUCUAGUACAGUGUUGAAACCAAGUGGUUCCAGUAUUAGAAAGUAAGUUGGAGUCACAGAGUCCAUUGAAGUUUGGGGUAUGCAGUAUUUAUUAUACACGGCCUGAAAACAUUGUCUCAUUUAUGCUAUUACAUGACACCUUCACUUCUGGGUUUUGGUACUUGUUCUUAACUUCCUCUUAGUUCUGGACCUUCUUGUUCCCUCUUCUCCCUAUCUUGAUGGUUUCAAUUCUAAAAUUGAAUGGUUUGUCAUCCAGUAGAUAAUUGAUUAUGCAUUUUAUAUGCCUUAUGACUUCCAGAUACUAAACAAUAGGGUAAACAUUGCCCAGCUUCACUUUUUUUUUAAAACAGUACAGAUUUCCAUGUAAGAGCUACAGAUAUUAAUAGGAUUGUUAUUCCAUCUGGUGGCAUAGCUUGUAUAUGGGAUAAAAGUGUGUAUUUAGUAUGACAUCAGAACCUCUUUGUGAAAUUGCAGCCUUUAAUGUACAUUUUGAAGGGGUAUAUUAGUCAGUAUUGUACAGGGAUCUUGUAAAGUCAUCAAAACUUGCUAUGAACGCUAAUUGCCAUUUGAAGCUACUGAUUGGCAGUGGCUCUGCUCUAAACCACUUUUUAGCAAUUGUAUUUUUUUCCUGAUUAUAUUUUUUAAUGUACUUUGAUGUUUAUGCUGAUGAGUUUUUUUAUGUACUUUUGGUGAUGUUUCAGUCUUAUGUACUCUUCUGACGUCAGAAAAGUACCACUGGUUGUUUGCAGUCUUAUUGUGUAAUCAGCCUACCACAGGCUUCCAUGUAUAAUAAAGUAAUUAAUAUUG